AUGUCAAAUGCCACUGAAAAGGACCGCACCGACUCCGCCGAAGAGUACGGCUCCGACUCUGCCCCCGAGUCACCGCCUCCCCAGCCUCCCCGCCGUGAGAGAAGACAAAUGACGAGGACCCAGCGCCGCGGAAAGUCCCAAGGCGGCGGCGGUGGCCAGCUCGCCGGGCUGGACAACCUGCCCGUGGCCGGUGAUUUGGGAAAUCAAGUAGGGCAAGUUGGACAGACGGCACAGGGAGCAGUUGGCGGCGUCACAGGCGCAUUGGGAGGCGUCGCGGGCGGCGCGGUGCAGCAGCAGGGCGGCGGUGAUGACAAGAAGAGCGACACGUUGAGGCUACGGCUGGAUUUGAACUUGGACAUUGAGAUUCAGCUCAAGGCCAAGAUCCACGGUGACUUGGAGCUGGCGUUGUUCAACAUGCAAGUCCGUAACAUCUACAGUUUGCGGCACAGUAUCAAACGGCCCUACUGGCGCCGGCGUGGAGAACCCCUGUCUCAGCGCGAUAUUCUUGGAACGAUCGGCGAUGCGGAUGAUGUGGGCGUGUGUCAUCGCCCCAUGGCGGGCCUUGCGCAAGGCUCUUUUGCACACGAUGACGCAGUUGCUGCUGCUUGUCUACUAGAGGGCGGCCUUAGGGGAAUUCUUGCGCUGCGAUUGGGCUCUGCUGGUGAGGAGCGCAUCAAGCUAGUUGUUGUCGCUGCUCUUUACUGA